UCGUGGCGAACAGACGCGUUUCUCAUCGCUCCGUCGAGACACCGAGUUGUCGGCCGUUAGAAGUAGCAAAUAGUGGCCCAUAACGAAAUAGCAUCUCAUCUCUUAGCCCGAAACUCCGAACGACUUGACCACAACAAGUGCGAUUGUUUCAUUUUCAUAGUUCAUAGCCGCAGCAGUGUGCCACUCGGUCGCCGGUGUCCAGUGCCGCCUCUCUCCUCCUCUUGGCAGGUGUUGUUACAGGUGAAAUUUCGCGUCGUUGUCGUGCCGGUUAGAUUAGCCUGACACCUUCGCUUCGCUUCGAUUUCGAGAGUGCCCGCGCCAAAAAAUCCCGCUAAUUGGCUUGAUUUUCGUACCAGCUAAUAAAUAUCGAGUUUCAAUAUUCGCGUCCGUGUCCUACUGCCAGCGGAAGCAAGUAUAUAUAUCCGGACAUAGAAUAUAUAUGCUAUUUGGCAACAGUCCAUCAUCGAGGGAGCUCUGCCUAUUUGCAUUUCAAAUUAUUUGCACUCUCGACGGCAAAGAAAAGAUUUGUGAAUUUCUGAUCUGAAGUGGACCCAAAGACGCCUAACCAAUAGCCCGUCUUCGGCCGGUUGAGCGAUGUAAGCAGCGGCCACAGCUAAAAACGAGAUCAGCCGAGGAUUCAUCACCAGCAGAGACAGAGAACAGGAAGAAACCCCCAUUAGUAACCGCCAGUAAGCAGCAGAAGGAUCAUCAGGAUGAGUGGCAGCCAUAAAAUGUGGUGCUGUCAAGUAUUUAUCUUAGUUUUAUUUGCACACACAAUCCUGGCAGAGCUCCAUGUCAGUGCAGCGAGCGCCGGCAUCAGCUUCGACGGUCCCUCGCCGGCCCAAAGCCCGGAUGCCUUGGCUCCGACGGCAAAGCCCAGGCGACGCAUGUAUGCCAUGUGCCCGCCGCAAUUCCAGCGCGUGGGCACCGACUGCUACUCGCUGGUGGAGCAGCGCAGCAGCUGGCUGGAGGCGCACUUUUUCUGCAAGGAUAAGAACGCCAAUCUCACGGAGCCGGGCAAGCAUGCCGACCGCAAGCUUAGGCAGUUCCUGCAGAAGCAGGACGCUCUCUCUGGAGAACGCGACCCCAUCUGGCUGGGUGCCACCUAUGACCACCACAACAACAAGUGGCAGUGGAGCAUGAGCGGACGCAACCUGUCCUUUAACGCCUUCAGCCAAAAGGACCCCACCUAUGUGCAACUUAUCUCCAACAGCAACCCGCAGGACAAUAACUGUGCCAUCUACGACCCGAGCCUCAAGUACCGCUGGUCGGCGCGUCCCUGCUCGGAUAAGUUGCGCUUCAUCUGCCAGCACAAGAUGCCGAAGGUGAGCGGCCCCAAUCGCUACAAGAUCUACAAUCGAUGGAACGCCACCUAUCCGAACGAGCAGGCCAACGAGGUGGUCCUGGAGAUCAUCGAUCCGCAUGACAACGAUCGCAGAUACCAUCGCCGCGUGAAGGCCGAGGGCAGCGACGAGGAAAUGAUUAUACCUGCACGCCGGCGCAACAACAACAAUCGCCGCAAUAAGCAGCAGCGCAACCCGCAGAGGAACCGUCAGAACCAGAACCAGCACCCCAAUGAUGUGAACUACCAACCAGCACAGCAACGGAAGCGUCCGCGUCCCUCCACUGUUGCACCGCCGGUGGCUUCAUCAGCCGCUAAUCCCUCCAACGAUGUGUUGAGCCCCGCGCCCACGCCUCAGCAAAUGACGCAGUACGACCGAAAGCUGCAGCGCCAGCGGGAGCGCGAGCGUCGCCGCCAGCAGCGCAAGAGGGAGCGCCAGGCUCUCGUCCGGCAGCAGCGUCGCGAGAAGCAACGUCGCCAGCGGGAGGAGCAGCAGCGUCUCCAGCGGGAGGAACAGCAGCGCCUGCAGCGGGAAGAGCAGCAACGUAUGCUGCGGGAGGAGCAGCAGCGUCGACAGGCGGAACAACUGGCUCAGGAUGCGCCAAAAUCGCAAGAGGUCGAUGAACUACGCCAGCGCUCCAGCGAAGACAAGGGAAACACCAAGGAGGAGCAAGAAAAGAAGCUAAAGGAGGAGAAGGAAAAGCGGCGACAGGAGGAGCAGCAUCAAGAGGAAGAGGCGCGGAAGCAGCAACACCACCAGCAACAUCUGAAGGAACAGGAGCAGCAACUCCGCGAACUGAAGGCGAAGCAGCAGCGCGAUCAACAGGAUCGGGAUUACCAGCAGCAACUUCGGAACCGGGAACUGGAAGUGCUAAAGCAGCACCAGGCCGAGGCGGAGCGCCAACGGGCCGCAGACGAGGAGGCCGAGAAACUCCGCCAGGAACGCAUCCAGAAGCAGCGGGAGCUGGAGGCCAAGGAGCGACAAAAACUGGAGGAGGAACGCCGUAAGCAGCGCGAAGAGCAGGAGGCGCAGGAUCGACUGAAUGACGCCAAGCGGCAGGCCGAGGAGCAGCGACAGCGCGAGGAGUACGAGAAGCAUCGGCAGCAGGCCAAGACGGAUAGGGAGAGGCAGCUAGCCGAGGCGCGCGAGGCAAAACGCCGCGAAGAGCUGGAACUGCAGGAGACGCUGGAGCGCCAGGAGAAGGAACGUCAGGAGCAGAUCCGACGCGAGCAAGAGGAAGAGGAGAAGCGCCAGGAGCUGAAGCGGCUGGAGGAAACGCGCAUCUUCGAGGAGAAGGAGCUGAAGCGGCUGCACGAGGAAAACCAAAAGCGCGAGGAGCUACAGCGCCAGCGAGAACGGGAAAUCGCGCAGCGCGAGGCACUCGAGAAGAAGCUGGCCGAAGAGGAGGCGCGCCUGGCUAAGGAGGUAAGCGCUGAGGAGCGUGAGGUGAAGCGGCGCCUGGAGGAGGAUAUCCGCCAUGCGGAAGAUGCGCGUCUGGCCAAGGAGGCCUUGGAGCGAGCCGCUGAAGAAGCCAAAGCCGCCGAGCAGAAGCGCCGCCUCGAGACGGCCAAGAAGCUGGCCGACGAAGAGGUCCAAGCCAAGCUGGAGAAGAAGCGGCAGGACUAUGCCAACCGCAUCUCGGCCCUGAGUCCCGAGGACCAGAAGAAGUUCAUCGAGAUGCGCAAGCGGCGCAAGCAGCUCAAGGAGCAGAAGGAGCGCGAGAACAGGGAGAAGAAGCUCAAGCGGAUACAGCACGCCAUGAGGCUCAACGAUGACGAGUAGAGCGGUCCCAGCGCGGAUCCCCCCGAGUCCGAACCCAACACUAACCAAUAACUAACACACGAGACACAUAUCGAUCAAAUUGGUUCCGCAUACGCACCGUUGCCCAGUCGACAACACACCUUUUCGAUUGCUUUUCUUUGUGCUUGAAAUGACGAAGAGAAACACACGCAAAGUAUUAUUUACCGGGAGAGA